AUGGAUAGUUGGCUGAUCUGGAACGCUCGUGGGGUCGGCAACAGCCCCACAAUUUCCUCUCUUAAGCGACUCAUCAUUCAGUCUAGGCCAUCGCUUGUGGCUAUCCUAGAACCUAUGCUCCGGGAUGAGAAACGUGUUGGUACGGGGCUGAAGCUUGGUUUUCAUCAGUCCAUUUCUAAUGCGCAUGAAGGUGGUAAAAUUUGGAUCUUUCAUAAUUCCCCACUCUCCAUCGACCAUGUUUCUACUUCUAACCAACUUUUGUCUCUCCUGAUUAAAGUUCAAGGUUGUUUGGAGGUGCUUCUUGCCUCCUUUGUUUAUGCAAAAUGUUCCAAAAUCCUCCGUAGAUCGAUGUGGGACCAGCUACUGGUCCUGACAAAUGGCUUCUCCAUUCCAUGGUUGGUGGCAAGGGACUUUAAUGCAGUCCUUUACCCUUCAGAAAGAAGGGGCCCGGGGUCUUUUGAUACUCAGAGUGCAGCUGAAUUUAAUGAGGGGAUUAAUAGAGCGGGUCUAAAGGACGCAGGUUUUACAGGUAACAUCUAUACUUGGUGCAAUAAUCAGCAGGGCCUUUCCAGAGCUUGGGCCAGACUGGACAGGGCCUGCAGUAAUGACGACUGGAUGCGUUCCUUCCCUUCCUUCCAAGUUUCGCUUCUCCCCAGGAUUCACUUCGACCAUGGCCCCCUUCUAAUCUCUUUCCCUCAUCAGCCCAGAAACAGCCCAAAGCAGUUCAGAUUUCAACGCAUGUGGUGCUUACAUGAUUCCUUCCAGGAGGUGGUGAAACAGACCUGGGCAUCCAACUUAACAGGGGACCUGAUGCUAGCAGAAUCAAACGUGGUUGCAGCUGAAUUGGCUAUGCAAACUAAAAACAAUGAAGCCUCGAUCCAAGUUCUUCAGCAGGCCAAAGAAAAACUGACACAUAUGGAGCUUUGCGAGGAGAUUUUCUGGAAACAAAAGUCGAGAAACCAUCAGUUGAAAGAGGGAGACCGGAAUUCCAAAUUCUUCCACUCCUCUGCAUCAUACUGUGCUAGAAGAUCACAAAUUUCAACGAUCCAACUAGAAGAUGGUACUGUCCUAUCGGAUAAUGUCUCCAUCAAGAAUGCAGCGUUUUCCUUCUUCUCGAGCCUCAUGGAGGCCACCCCAUCCACUCCUGCUUCAGAUAUCCUUGAUGCUAUUCCCCCAACAAUCUCAGCAGACGACAAUAGAGGUCUUCUACUCGACCUAACCAUCGAAGAGGUUCAUGCGGCUUUCAUGGCUAUCCCAGCUGAUAGCGCUCCUGGACCGGACGGCUUCUUGGGGGCCUUUCUUCAUCACUGCUGGGACGUCGUGGGUCAGGAUAUCCUUGCAGCGGUUUGUUCCUUCUUUCAUGGGAGUCCUCUUCCGAGGACCUUCUUGGCAUCCUUCCUAUGCCUCAUUCCCAAAUCCUCCGCUCCUGUCAAAUUCUUCGACUUUCGGCCUAUCAGCCUUUAUUGGGAUCUUUACUCCCACAAAUUAUUUCUGCUGAACAGGGAGUUUUUGUCUAAAGCUGAUCCAUUGCGGAAAAUUACGCUCUGGCAGAAGAGAUCUUUAGAGAUAUUGACAAAAAGGUCAGAGGCGAUACAGCUAGUUGAGAAAUGCUGGAACAAUUCGUGGUUCUCUAUCCUCAUUAAUGGGGAGCCCACUGGCUUCUUCAAAUCCGCACAGGGCCUCCACCAAGGCGAUCCCCUCUUUCCGACCCUGUUCAUCAUUACGGCAGAAGUUUUGAGCCGAGGUUUCAGACGGUUAAUCGAUUCGGGUAGCUGCAGCCCUUUUCAAACUCGCGGCGAUUGCCCCGUCAUCUUGCAUUUGCUAUACGCUGAUGACAUGUUUCUUCUUGCGAACGGAUUCUCCCGCUGCCUCAGAAAAAUCUCUAAGUUUCUCGCCCUCUACCAAUCCACUUCUGGCUAG